CUUAGAAUCACUAUGAACGAACAAACAGACGAGGAGCAAGAGUACAAGGCAUUGACCUCGGUUCUGUAAGUACAGAGUCAGGCAUAUGGCAGUCAAGAAUAGGAUUGGCGAGCUUUCAGUUACGACGAAUGUGCCAAUCUCGAGCUUCCGGUGGUGGAUAUCAAUCCUGAGUAUCCAGACGCAAUACGUACUCCAAUUAGACAUAUCUAGCCACAGCAAAUAUUUCUCAGACACUAACACCUCAGCACGUCCUUCCACCGGUAUGGGGAAUGGGCCAGGAACGAUAUUCUCCUGCCGAGACAGAAGAAGUGGGACACCUUGUCCUCAGCAGAUAAACUCUUGCUUCCGUGGUUUCUUGAUCAUUUACGCAAUCUUGACUCGUGUAUUGGUAUGAACCAGGAAUUCACUCAAAACUUAGCCACUGCUGUGGCGGCAGACUGGCAGGUGGCAACCCCCCCAGACGAAUGGGCAGGGUGUACCGACUCAGACUUUGACAAAGUGCGGUCAGUUUUGCUCCAGUUCACACGGGAAUGGUCCGAAGAAUGCAUUACUGAACGUGAGUGCAGCUUUGGUCGUAUAACAGAGUAUCUCAUCGGGGCGUUUCCAUCGGUUCCUGACCGUCAGCAGGUGAAGGUGUUAGUGCCGGGCGCAGGCUUGGGGAGACUUGUGGUGGACCUUGUCAAAGAAGGCUUUACUACACAGGGCAACGAGUUCUCCUAUCACAUGUUGCUCGCUUCCAACUUCAUUCUCAACCAUACCUAUGUCGCGCACCACUACUCGAUCUUUCCCUUCUUGCACAAGUUCUCGCACACCGCCAAGCGCAACAGUCAGCUCAGGCCGGUGACGGUGCCUGAUUUCCGCGUGGGGGACGUCUCCGAGCUCAACCGAACAUAUCCAGAUAUCCCCGUGGGAGAUUUAAUGUCCAUGACCGCAGGGUCAUUCGUGGAUCUCUACGGUCCUCCAGGCUUGGCUUUGUCGGAGACAUACUCCGCCGAUGCCACAGCGGCAUCUUUUAGAACGGAAAAUGCGGCAAGCUGGGACGUGGUGGCUACGUGCUUUUUCUUGGAUACCGCUGCCAAUGUUAUCGACUAUGUUCGGAGUAUUCACUAUUGUUUGAGGGCUGGGGGAACGUGGGUCAACUUUGGGCCACUCCUUUGGCACCACGAGGAUGAUGAGGAGGAUACAGAUAAGGGCCUUGAGCUUUCGUGCGAAGAUUUGCUUGAGUUGGUUGUGUCCAUGGGGUUUGAGUUUAUCAAGCAUGAGAACGGGAUUGAGACAACGUAUGGGUGUGAUUCAAGGUCGCUCGGAAAAUGGGUGUAUGAGUGUGAGUUCUGGGUGUGCAAGAAGAUGUAGGAUGUUAAAAUUGCCAUUUGGAAGUGGUUGCAGUUAGAAUCUACGGUGCUACUAGCACAUGGCGGACCAACGUACCAAAUUCGUAAGCCAAUGCAAAGUAUACGUACUAUAGACUCCCUGAAAAGGGUAAGGUAAUAUCCGAGGACCCGGAAGGCUAUCUCAUUUCCUGGGCACUGACACCAAUAUAAUCAGGUUAAAAUUACUAACUUGAUAUUACUAUUUUAACAACGAACUAUCCGC